AUGCAGCUCAUCCAUUGGAUUGAUAAAGGGAAGUGGCCUUUCCUUGACUGGACGGACAUCAAAAUCCCAUCGCAAGAUGAACCUGAAGAGCCAGAAGAACUUCAAUUAUUAGGCGAAGAAGUUGAAUCAGAUUCCGAUUCUGAGCCCAGCCCAGCAGACAUCAUGGUCAUUGGGACAGGUGACUCACAGGAACAGACAGAGCAGAACCAUGGGAUCGAAAGGGGGAAAGAACCACCUUGGUCAGCCAUCCCCCUAACGAUCGAAUCAACCUCGGAGCUUCCCAGAGAGGUGCGCAUCGGGAGAUCACUCUCCCUGGAAAACAAGCAAAGAAUGGUGAAGUUUCUGAAACCGAGGUUGUCCAACUUUGCCUUCUCUUAUGAGGACAUGCCAGGGCUCGAUGAAGACUUGGUGGUGCUCUGGGUUAUGCCCUUUGGGCUGAAGAAUGUAGGAGCUACAUAUCAGCGAGCCAUGACUGCCUUGUUUCAUGACAUGAUAAAUAAGGAAAUGAAAGUCUAUGUGGACGACAUGAUCGUCAAAUCUCGCACGAUCGAAGGACACUUCAAGGAUCUCAAAAAGCUCUUAGAUAGGCUAAAAAAGUUCAAGCUCCGACUCAACCCACAAAAAUGUGUUUUCCCUGCAAUCGAAGGCAAACUGUUAGGCUUCAUCGUCAGCGAAGAUGGUAUUCGGGUGGAUGAAACUAAGACCAGGGCAAUCAUCGAAAUGCCACCACCCAAAACUGAAAAAGAAAUUUGGGGCUUCCUUGGGCGAAUCCAGUAUAUCAGCUGA